AUGUCGAAAACGCACGUCACACCUGUAAAAGGUCUCACGAUUCCCCGUUUGGAGUUACAGGCGGCAGUAGAAGGCCUCAACCUUGCUCUCACGAUUUGUCGUGAGCUAGAAAUUGACUUGAGGCAAGUAACCUUCCACACAGACUCGCAAACAGUGCUGCGGUGGAUCCACUCUAAGACGUGCCGAUUUGAAGUCUUCGUUAACAACCGCAUCGGAAAGAUACUCCGAAACACGGCUCGCCGACAAUGGCGUCAUGUUGCCGGAGAUUCAAACCCCGCAGACCUUUGUAGUAAAGGUAUCGACCCAAAAGAUGUCGACGAAUUGGCCUAUUUCCACCGAGGACCUCCGUUCCUGAACUUGGACCCGGCAGAGUGGUACACCUGGGAAGAAAUCACGGAGCCUGAGGAACGAGACGUAAACGUGAUUCGCGUCUUUGCAGUCAAAACGGAAGAUGAGAACCAUGUCAUCGACCGAUGCGUCGCACACUUUUCCAGUUUGUUGCGACUUCAACGAGUACUGGCCUGGGGGAGAAGAUUUACCAACAACGUCAGAGCAAGAUUACAUGAAGAAAAGCCCAUGGUCGGAGAUCUGACAGUAGAAGAAAUGGUAACAUCGCUGACAAGAUGCAUCGUACGAGCGCAAGAAUUGGCCUUUGCUGAGGAAUUCUAUGCCCUUCGCAAGAACCUGGAACUACCCCUCCGUUCCAAGCUUCGCAACUUCAAGCCCUUCUUGGAUGAAGAUGGACAGAUGCGAAUUGGAGGACGUAUACUUCUAGCGCCGAUCGACUAUGCAGCUAAACACCCCAUACUUCUGCCAGCAUCUCAACUUCUAACGAAAAGGAUAAUUUGGGAUUAUCACGUUAGAAACAUUCACGUCAAGACGGAGAGAUUGUUGAUGGACCUCCGCUCUCGCUACUGGAUACUCUCCGGACGUAAAGUGGUAAAAUCUGUCCUCAACAACUGCUGGCCCUGCAAACGUACGUCGGCAAAACCCAGCCCGCCGUUAAUGGCUUCCCUUCCAGUACAUCGUUUAACGCCUCAUCUACCCGCGUUCACGUACACAGGGAUCGAUUACUUUGGUCCUUUGACCGUAAGAGUUGGUGGUCGGGGAAGAAGACACGAAAAACGUUGGGUCAGCCUAUUCACUUGCCUUACGACGCGAGCUGUCCACCUGGAAAAUGCUAACGGGCUUAGCAUGGAAGAAUUCCUGCUCUGUUUCUCCCGUUUUACGAGCCUACGUGGAAGGCCGAAGGUCGUUUACAGCGACAAUGGGACGAAUUUUGUCACCGCCGAGGAGGAGUUACGGCAAGCCUUGGAAGAACUCAUCAGUAAACACGAGGAGCUCCAAACAGUAAUGGCUUGCCAACAGAUUGAGUGGCACUUCUCUCCACCCCAUGGACCCCACUUCGGCGGUGUUUGGGAAAGGAUCGUACAAUCCUGCAAGCGGGCAAUGAAGACCAGUAUCGGGAACUGCCUAAUUACGGACCAAGUCCUACGAACUGCAAUUGCUGAAGUGACAGCCUUAUUGAACGCCCGUCCGUUAACCCAUCUGAGUAUGGAUCCAGAAGACCCGGAUCCAUUAACGCCCAAUCACUUCCUACACGGUGGAGCUCGUCCAUACUUGCCCCUGCAAUUGGCUGACGUGGAAGACUUGAACGUAAGCAACAAGCAGUUUCAGCAAAGUCAAGCCAUCCUUCAGCAUUUUUGGAUCAGAUGGCUACGUGAAUACGUUCCCCACUUAACCGAGAGAAGAAAAUGGCAAGAAAAUAGGCCUAACGUCACCGUUGGAGAUCUAGUGCUUGUAAUCGAACCAAAUACUUUGCGUGGGCAGUGGCCGAUGGGUAAAGUGUUGGGAGUUAUCCCCAGUGCAAUGGAUAAUGUUGUUCGAGUGGUAAAAGGAAAACUUACCAAUCAUCCAAAACCAUGUAUUCGGCCGGUGGCCAAAUUAUGUAUCAUGGUCCCAGCCAAAGAACAAGAAGUUUGCGCAAAAGAAGAAAAAAAUGGAACUUUCAACAGCGUAAACCUCGAUUUCAGUAUCGUAAAGUGUAAAUACUGA